GGUGUGGUUAUUAUCACCAUAGCAACUGUCCCAUCAGAUAAACUUGGGCUCCUUCUCCCUCUCAGUAAUCUCUCCUUCUGUGGAUGUUAGGAAAUGGCAGCGCCGACAAUAGAUCCAAAGAUUAUCAAAAAGACUCAGGACACUUUAGGGAAAAUAAUAAAGAAACCGCCACUUACUGAAAAACACUUGUCAAAACCACCCUUUAGGUAUCUUCAUGACAUGAUAAUGGAGAUAUCUAGAACAAGUGGAUUUUUUAAAGGACUAUACUCUGGGAAAGAAUUAGAUGGCAAAGGAGACUGGAGUCGUGAUGACAAAAUAAACUUCUUUCAAAAAGCAAUUGAUGUAGUCAGCUUUGUUACUGGUAAAGUUCCAAAAGCUCGUCCAUCAAAGAUGAUAGCUGGAGCAGAAGCUGAAAGAACUAAUGAAUUAUUACAAAUGAUAGCAACAGCUAUUAUAAAGAAGCUUGAUUCUACUGAUGCUGUUCAAAAAGUAUUGAGUGGAGAAAAGUCAAGUCCAUCAUCAGACAAAAAAGCAGCGAGAGAAGAUACAGAGGUGAAGAAAAAAGCAGAAAAGAAGAAAGCAAGUGACACAACACAACAAGACAAGGCACCACAACCAACACCAGCAACUGAGGAUGAUAAAGAAAAUGAAAUUGAGACAAACACUGUAACAGAGCCUCAUCCUGAUCCUGUACCUCACCAAGAAAGACCUCAGCAUAGGCCUGGCACUAGGAGAAAGUCAAGAGAUUCACAAGCUGCAGCAAGCAAUAAAGAAGGAGGAGGAGGAGGAGGAGAAAAGGAUGGGGAGGCAUUGUCUUCUGAAGGCUCUGGAAGUCAAGUUCAAGUCAAUGACAGACCAUCAACAGCAAAAGGGCAGAGAAAGUCUCACGAGAGAGAGCCUCCUCCUGGUCAGACUGAAACUAGUGAUGAUACAAGCAAUGAGCCUCAGAACUCGUCAUCUCCUUCUAACGUAACUCAAAAUGGAUUAGUACCAAUGCCCACACGUCCCAGUAGCUCACGCCCUCCAGCUCCAAGAGUCAUUAAGAAAGUAAUGGAUAGUGAUGAACCUAGUUCUAGGAGUAACUCUGGGCAAGAUAGAAAAGUACCUACUCUUAUACUUGAUCAAAAAGGAAAAUCUGAAGAGGAAGAGGAGGAGGAGGAGGAAGAGUUUAUUGUUCAAGAUCAAAUCCCUCUUGGUCCUUCAUCUGAAACUUUGUCUGAGUCCCAGUCCAAGCCAGAAGGUGCUCUCACUAAGACUCUGAUGGCUGCCAAGGAGAGAUUUGGAGGAGAUGAAGGGAAAGGUGGAGGCCCAAGAAGUGUUACUAUCACUGAAGCACAGAGGAAGAGGGAGAGGGAACUGAUAGAGAAGGAGGUCUCAAAACUUCAAAGCUCAAUACAGAGUUUAUCACAGACAGCUAAUCCCCUAGGAAAGAUUAUGGAUUAUGUACAGGAAGACCUUGAUAGUAUGGAACAAGAGUUGGAAAUGUGGAAGAAGGAAAACUCUCAAUAUGCUGAAACCUUAAGAAGAGAAGAAAAGAUUACAGAAGAUGAGCUAACUCCCUUGAAGGAGCAGCUAGCAGAAUUAAGUGCAAAGAUAGAUGAACAGUAUGAUCUAAUCAGUGCAAGUAAAGCAACAAUACUGGACAAUGAUCAGAGAAUUCAACAAAUGCUUUUAUCUUUGAACUCGCAUUGAACCAUACACAAAUUAAUUAUAAACAAAAUAAUAAUAAUAAUUGAUAAUCAUAAUUAUUAACUUGCACUUUUGACCCUCCAACGGAAAUUUAAG